AUGUCACUCUACUACGAGGCUGCGGCCAUUCUCGCCAAUUCCGACAAUGUUGGCGGGUCGCUCAAGUCGCGCAUAUACAACAAAAAAGAUUUGAAGAGCACGCCCGGGCAGCUCUUUGCGCUGAUUGCAGAAACAUCGAAAUGGUCGCUCGUAUUGAAGGAUGUGAUUGAGAAAUGCAAGUUACUCGCGGAAGAGAAAAAGCUUACUCCAAUUCUCGCUCUUCUGCUUUCACAUGAUUUGCUCCUCGCGAAGAAUGGCGUUGCAGCACCCGCCAACCAUGUACUUAAGCUCGCCAUUACCCGACACAAAGCCCGCUUGAGCGCCGAGCUCACGAAAGCCCGUAUACGCCAUGGAUUUUCUACUCUUGAAGCGUUUAAAGAGGCUGUGAAUGAUGGUGGACUGGAUAAAGAAGACGGCAAUGCUUCGAAGAGCAGACAUCCCCGCUGGGUGCGCGUCAACACUAUUAAGACGACAUUAAAGGAACAGCUUGCAACGACUUUUGCUGGAUAUACCAAGACAGGAGUCCUAGAGGACGUCCUCACUGCGCCAAAGAGCUCCAAAGUCUACUACGAAGACCCAAACAUCCCUAAUUUGCUUGCGCUGCCAUCUAAGGUUGAUCUCAGUAGGUCCAUUGCCUACACAAAGGGUCAGAUAAUAUUCCAGGAUAAAGCAUCUUGCUUCCCUGCAUACUUGCUGGAUCCGACCCCAGAUGAUGGUGAUGUCAUCGAUGCGACCGCAGCACCAGGAAACAAAACCACACAUCUUGCCGCCAUUGUUUCUGAUAGAAGACAGCCAGGCGAGGAACAAAAGGUCAUUGCUUUUGAGCGCGACAAAGGCAGAACUUUUACCUUGCAGAAGAUGGUCAAGUUGGCGUCGGCAGAUAGCAUUGUCCAAGUAAAGGGUAAUAGCGACUUCAUAGCCGCUAAACCUGCGUCGGACGAGUACGCCAACGUUGGAGCCAUACUUCUUGAUCCAAGCUGCUCAGGUACUGGUAUUGUUGGGCGUGAUGAUGCGAUCAAAAUGCAUCUUCCUGAUACACCUGGCUCCCAAACGAUAUCACAAAAGCCAGAAAGGGGGAAAAAGCGAAAGAGAGGUGAUGAGGCAACGAAGGGCGACGCGCAGCCGACACUGAACUUGGACAUGGAUGAUUCGACGCCUGAAGAGACACCAGUACAGGGCAAACUGACAGAACGACUGGCCGCCUUGUCCAGCUUCCAACUUCAUAUUCUCACUCACGCCAUGCGGUUCGAGAGUGCGCACAAAAUUACUUACUCUACAUGCUCGAUACAUUUCGAAGAGAACGAAGGCGUCGUUUUUCAGGCGUUGGCAUCCUCGGUUGCAAAGGAGCGGGGGUGGAGGAUACUCAAACGGGAUCAGCAAGCGGAGGGAUUGCAAAAAUGGCACAGAAGAGGUAUCUGGGAAGAGGAUAAGAUUCACGGUGACCUGGACGAGUCAUUCAAGAAAGAUGUAUUGGAAGCAUGUAUUCGCUGUGACAAGGAUACUGAAGAAGGUACUAUGGGCUUCUUUGUGGCUGCCUUUGUUCGUGAAGGCGAUCAGCAGCCGGCACAAGGAACUGAAGUUGCGGUUUCCGAGGACGAGGAAUGGGGUGGCUUCAGUGAUCACGGUGAAGUUGAGGAAACAGUAGCACCAGUGAUUGAAGAGUCUGAAAGCCGUAAGAAGAAAAAGCGAAAACACGGAAAGAACAACUCUGAACUCUCCCGACCUAGACUCAAGGAAGUCACGAAAUGGAUUCGCGAUGAGUUGGACUUACGUGUGGCUCGGGACGGCCCUGAUGUGCUUCAACCCGACGACAUCAUAACCCUCCACGAGAUCUUUCUUGCUCUCCAAAACGCCAAACAUAUCACCUUAUCCGACUUGCGAGCGAGUGGCAUUCACAGAGCAGUGAAGGACAUUGCUGGAGUGGCGACUCGCUGGCCUGGUCGGUUGUGUGAUGACUGCGACACGAUCAUCGAUAUCUGGACCGCCAAGUUUGGUUCUUUGAAUGCAAUUCACCCAUUCUUGUACGGCAGAGGGGGCCGGCUUGAGGGAAUUGCCAGCGUGCACGAGCAAUCUCGCGAUCUUUGUGCCUGGACUAAUCUCAGCGAACAGGCGUUACUCAAGCGGUGGGCCAAGACAUGUCCCCAAAAUAUCCACCCCAAGCGAUCUCAUAGACUAGGCGACCUAGGCUUUGUCGCUGGAAGCUGGUGGAUCAAUCCUUUGUUCGCACAUCAUGCCGGCAUUAUUGGCCUCGAGUCAUGUGAUGGUGGCACAACUUAUGAUAAAUAUGGUGCGUAUGCCUUGUUGCUGAAAGAUACUGGUGAACUCGAAGCCAGCUGCGAAUCGCGCUUCACCUACCGGGUUCCGCAGAAGGACAAGGGCAAAUUUCGACUUACUUCCGCUACUCCAAGAAGCAGAGAUCCCGUGCGAGUACUUCGCAGCCAUAGUAUCAAUAGCAUAUGGGGUCCAAAGGCUGGAGUAAGAUAUGAAGGUGUGUACAGCGUCAAAGGUUGGUCUAUCAAGCAAGCAAAAAGUACAGACACAUCCGGCGAGCAAUGGAAAGAGGGCGACAUUCUCUUCGACGUCAGAUUCGAGCGUGCUGACCAGACGCCCAUGGGUGUCGUUAUCAAUCGGCCUACUGCGACUGAAAUCGACGAUUAUGCAGAAUACAAGCGCCUUCGGAAGCUGAGCCAGCAUGGCAAAGAAAAGGAAGCAAAAGCAGCACAUGACAAUCAAGAUCAUCAUCCUACACCCAAGGCUGUGCACCCCAUUAUGCCUCCAUAUUCUCCGUACGCGGCACCGAAACCACUAGCGUUCGAUCUUGCCCCAAGCGCACUACGUAAAGACAUGGUUAAACGUCUUCAUUUCGACGAAGAAGCACACGUUCAUGUUACGGGAGACGAUGAAGCACUCUCGCCAAAGACUGCUCCAGUCACAGACCCGUUGGACUUCGCCACAGUGGAAAAGAAUAACACAUUGGCUAUUCCUUCUGGAUCCAACCGACAAAACAUUCACGCAAGAGCCGAUCUGCCAUCCAACGGUCCAGAUGGGCGUUCAAGCCAGGCAGGUUCCAAUGCAAGCAGCGCACACACGACGCAAACGACUCAUACCGCUGCCAGCAAUCUAUCUAAAAUCAACGUCCGAGAGGUGGCCCCAUGGAUUGACUUUGAUGCUAACCUGACCAUCCCUGAGCCGUCUGAAGAGCCGCUCAUAAUCCAUCAACGGCCUAUCAUUGCUCAAACGAAUACCACCCCAACAGGCUCACCUAAAGCUCACAACACCGGCUCGCCCAAACACCAAUCUCGAGAGCAUCUGUAUAGUCCGAUUCAAAGCACUCUUUCGUCUAUUGUUACCGAGCGCUAUUCUGAUGAUCGACAGGCGAGGAGGCAUGAGGGUGACUUCAAGGGUAUGCUUGGGGAAGUCCUUAGUCCUCAGCACACGGUGAAGAAAGAGAAGAGGAGUGAAGCUCCUCGCAAGAAGAACCUGAUGACCAAAUUAUUUGAUGGCAUUCUCGAUGACGACAACAGCAAAGUGGACGGAUCAUCAUGGGAGACAAAAACCAGUUUCUUCAAAACUGACCCAGCCAUACCAAGACACAAGUCAGCAGAUUUCUCUACUUCUUGGAAGCAGAUUUCGCAACCCUUUUCUCACGUCUUUCUCAACCCAUGCAGCGCAGAGAGCCAGCUCAAGCUGCCUCGUAGUAACGAUAUCGGCUUUGUCAAAGGAACAGCUCACCUUCUUUCUUCUGAUACGGCCUCGAAUAACGUCAACACAUCUAUUUCUACCAGUGUUCCUAACGAGGAACCCUUCAUCGAGAACCCGACUGUACGACGACAGAAUGCAAUGCCAAUAUCGAUGAAGAUUCUGACCUCACAACCUAGCUCUGCGACUACUGUUAGUAGUGCGAUAUGCACACCUAUUUUGGGGCGCCCUAAUUCUUCGCUGAAGCACACCGACGAGAGAUCUCUGGCAGAGACUAAUUUAAGGAAGAUGAUCGAGUAGCUGCGAAGUCUGGGAAUACAGAAGGAGUUGUAAUGCUCCGUUGUCGACUUGAAAGAGAUUGGCAAAUAGGAUUGGCAUGGCAGUAGCGUAGAAGGAGUACCAGAGGAUGAUGUGACACAGCCUCCAUACCUACAUAUGUGUGAGGAAGUUCUCGCUUCGGUAGAAAAAACCCCUAGUAUCAAUCCUACUUUUCCUGCG